AUGGGCUUCUGGAAGUCCUCUCUCUUCUUGGCUUUCAGCACCUUGAUCCUGUGCCAGGCAGGCGGCCUCCAGGCGGCACCAUUUAGGUCGUCUUUGGAGAGCCUCCCAGACCCUGCUCCACUCAGUGAGAAGGAAGGGCGCCUCCUACUGGCUGCACUGGUGAAUGCCUAUGUACAGAGGAAGACCAAUGAGCUGGACCAAGAGCAGGAGACAGAGGGCUCCAGCAUCACUGCCCAGAAGAGAACCUGCAACACUGCCACCUGUGUGACUCAUCGGCUGGCAGACUUGCUGAGCAGAUCUGGGGGUGUGGUGAAGAGCAACUUCGUGCCCACCAACGUGGGCUCCGAAACCUUUGGCCGUCGCCGCAGAGAACUUCAGGCCUGA